GUCAUUAGUCAUCAGGGAAAUGCAAAUUAAAACCACGAUGAGAUACCAUUUCAUACCCACUAAAAUGGUUAUACUAAAAAAAGACAGACAACAAAUAUUGGUGAGGAUGUCAGAAAUGGUAACCCUCAUACAUUCUAGUGGGAUUGUAAAAUAGUGCUGCCACUUUGUAAAAUAAUCUGGUAGUUUCUUAAAAGGUUAAAUCCACCGAUUCCACUCAUAGAUAUUUCCCCAAGAGAAAUGAAAAGAUAGGUCCACAGAAAGAUUUGCACACAAAUGUUCUUAACAGCUUUAUUCAUAAUAGCCAGAGAUUGGAAGUAACCUAAAUGUCCACCAACAGGUCCAUGGUUAGACACAGUGUGGUAUGUUCAUACACUGAAAUAUUUCGCAGAAAGCAAAAAAGGAGGAACAAACCACUGAUACAAAUUGUGACAUGGACAAACCUGAAAAUCAUUAUGUGAAAUGGAAGAAGCCAGACACAAGAGACCAUAUAUUGUGUGGUAUACAGUGUGUUGAUUUCGUUUAUAUGAAAUGUCCAGUAAAGGCAAACCUAUAAAGACAGAAAGACUGAUGAUUGCCUGAGGCAGUGUGGGGGCUGGGAGAUGGGGAUUAACAGUGAAUAUGAGGGAACUUAUUGGGGUGAUAGAAAUGUUCUAUCUGCUUUAUGUUUUAUGGUGAUGCUUGCACAACAUGAUAAAUUUACUAAAAAUCUCUGAUUGUCCACUUGAAAUGCAAAUAUGAUAUGCAAAAUAUAGUUCAGUAAGGUUGGAGGAGGUAGUAGGGUAGAGGUGGGGGUGAGGAGAAGGGAGUGGGGAGGGAGAGAAAGAGAAUGAGAACAGUGCUGGCUGGCUCCAGACUGUUUGGAUCUGAAACCCUGCAAGUCUAACCCCUCUUUGCCUCAGUUUCCUGUCAGUGAAGUUGGGGAAAAUAAGUAACUACCCACAAAGCAGUGUUGGAAAGAUUGUGAUAACACAUAAACAAUGCUUAACAUGGAGUUUGGACCUUAAAGAGAGCUCAGUAAGUAUUAGCCAUAAUAAUAACAAUAAUGGUUAUUAUUGGUGGUGGUAUUUAACCUACCAAGGAUCCAGCUCUGAUUUAGAUCAACUUAAUUCAAGUCCUGGAGAAGGAUUUAGACUGUGCCUUGCAGAUGUCAGUGACUGGUCUGUGGAGAUGACUCCCUGGAGCCUGAGAAGCUGAAGCAUGGGACUUGUCAGUCGUUGCAGGCCAGGGGCUUGGAGCACUGGAGCCUCACAGAUGAAGGCUGUCUCUUCACGGCAGCAUCAUUUAUGGCGGGGGCAUCCUGCUGCCCAUAAAUAUGGGAGCAACAUGUGAUAUUUCUACUCUGUCCGACAACAAUUUAUGUUAUACCACUACACGCCAGGUCCUAUUGGCUCAGAGGACAGGGGAAUUUGGGGGCUCAGAGGAGGGACAUGUAACCUUGUAUAUGAGGGUUUCUAAAGAAACCCUUGUCUUUAUGAGACUUAUGAAUCCCUCGACACUUCCCAGAUGAAGGGUGAGGAGAUUUAUCAGGGCAGAGGGUACAAACUGAAUAAACCCCAGAGGUGAUAGGGAGUUUACUGAAUUCAGUGAAGUGCUAAUAUGAAGAGCAGAGUGACAAGAAACAAGGCUGAGGUCCCAUGGAGGGCCUUGUGUGCUGUGAUAAAGAACUUGGAUUUAUCCCGAGGACAGUGAGGACCAGUGAAGAGUGCUAAGAGUUCUAGGACAGGCUCAGUUAUCUUCGGUUCCAUGGUCCCACUGGCACUUGCACAUCACAACUUGAGUGGUCCUGCUCUGUGGUCAGGAGCAGAUAAAUGCCCUCCUAGAGGUUUAUGGCCUGGGUUUUGCAUUUAGCCGCCUUCAAGUGCAAGUGUUCCUCCAAGGACCACAUCCAUACUGGUGUCUGGCAGAAAAACUGUUUCUUGGCUCCCAUGAGGAGCAUAAGAGGUCCUAAUGCGGUGGCUGAGAGCCUGUCUUUGAGGCCAGACCUCAGGAAAGCAGAGAACUUGUUUUACACGCUUCACCCAGCUCUGGCUGAAAGCCCAUUAAUAAGCCCCAGUGCUGAGGGGCAGGUAUUGUGUCGGUUACUAUGGCAUCACCUUGGAAAGGAUCACUCAGUGAGAGCCACAGCAGCCGAGUGAGGCAGGAGGGGAAUGUGGUCAGAAGCAGCAGGGGAGGCAGGAGACAGGCUGCAGAUGCUGUCGCUGGUCUCGGGACACCUCGUGGCUGGAGCCCACUUUAGCUUCUCCAGCUGCAGCCCAGGGAGGGAGCCAGGCUGCGCUCAGACUGAGCGUGGCUGCCUGAGACAGCACCACCGUCUGCUGCUGAAAGGGGCUGAAUUUCCAGUCUCAGACCACUUGGCCUCUCCUGUUUUUGGAGGUGGGGUGUUGUCUCAUCUUGAAAGAUCUGGGCUGGGCUUCUUCUCCUUUUUUAUUUUAAGCAGUUACCUUCAUGAAAAUUGACUGCCAGGUGUUCACCGAGGAAAGCAGAGUGGUCCCCAGGCUGGAGCGGAAAAAGGAUGACAGUUUCUGAGACUGAAUGGUGACGGCUUGGAGGUAUCCCACCCCCAAUUCAAAAUGCCUUUUAAAGCAUUUGAUAUCUUCAAAGAAAAAAUUUUGAAACCUGGAAAGGAAAGAGUGAAGAAUGCUGUGGACGAUUCAUUGGGGAUUUUACAAAGAAAAAUCGAUGGGACCAGUGAGGAGGAAGGAAGCAUUGAGCUGAAUGAAGAAGGAAGGCCAGUGCAGACAUCCAGGCAGAGCCCCCCACUCUGCGACUGCCACUGCUGUGGUGUCCCCAAGCGUUACAUCAUUGCCAUCAUGAGCGGAUUAGGAUUCUGCAUUUCCUUUGGGAUUCGGUGCAAUCUUGGAGUUGCCAUUGUGGAAAUGGUGAACAAUAGUACUGUGUAUGUUGAUGGAAAACCAGAAAUUCAGACAGCACAAUUUAACUGGGAUCCAGAGACGGUGGGCCUUAUCCAUGGAUCCUUUUUCUGGGGUUAUAUUGUGACACAAAUUCCAGGUGGUUUCAUUUCAAAUAAGUUUGCUGCUAACAGGGUCUUUGGAGCCGCCAUCUUCUUAACAUCAACCUUGAACAUGUUCAUUCCUUCUGCAGCCAGAGUGCAUUAUGGCUGUGUCAUGUGUGUCAGAAUUUUGCAAGGUCUGGUAGAGGGUGUGACCUACCCAGCUUGCCAUGGGAUGUGGAGUAAGUGGGCGCCACCUUUGGAGAGAAGCCGACUGGCCACCACCUCUUUUUGUGGUUCCUAUGCGGGGGCCGUGAUUGCCAUGCCGCUGGCCGGGGUGUUGGUACAGUACAUUGGAUGGGCCUCUGUCUUUUAUAUUUAUGGUAUGUUUGGGGUUAUUUGGUACAUGUUUUGGCUGUUGCAGGCCUAUGAGUGCCCGGCGGCUCAUCCAACAAUAUCCCGUGAGGAGAGGACCUAUAUAGAGACAAGUAUAGGAGAAGGAGCCAACUUGGCUAGCCUCAGUAAAUUUAAUACACCAUGGAGAAGAUUUUUCACAUCGUUGCCAGUUUAUGCAAUCAUUGUGGCAAAUUUUUGCAGAAGCUGGACCUUUUAUUUGCUGUUAAUAAGUCAACCUGCUUAUUUUGAAGAGGUCUUUGGGUUUGCAAUAAGUAAGGUGGGUCUCUUGUCAGCAGUCCCACACAUGGUUAUGACAAUCAUUGUGCCCAUCGGAGGACAAUUGGCUGAUUAUUUAAGGAGCAGAAAAAUUUUGACCACAACUGCUGUCAGAAAAAUCAUGAACUGUGGAGGUUUUGGCAUGGAGGCAACCUUACUCCUGGUGGUUGGCUUUUCCCAUACCAAAGGGGUAGCGAUCUCCUUUCUGGUGCUUGCCGUAGGAUUUAGUGGUUUUGCUAUUUCAGGUUUUAAUGUCAACCACCUGGACAUUGCUCCCCGCUACGCCAGCAUUCUCAUGGGUAUCUCAAACGGAGUGGGAACCCUCUCUGGAAUGGUCUGUCCCCUCAUUGUGGGUGCAAUGACCAAGCACAAGACCCGCGAGGAAUGGCAGAAUGUGUUCCUCAUAGCUGCCCUGGUGCACUACAGUGGCGUGAUCUUCUAUGGGGUCUUUGCUUCUGGGGAGAAACAGGAGUGGGCUGACCCCGAGAACCUCUCUGAGGAGAAGUGUGGAAUCAUCGAUCAAGAUGAAUUAGCUGAGGAGAUAGAACUUAGCCAUGAGACUUCUGCAAGUCCCAAAAAGAAGAUGUCAUAUGGAGCCACCAUCCAGAAUUGUGAUGUCCAGAGGAAGGAGUGGAGAGGACAGAGAGGAGUGACCCUUGAUGCAGAAGAGCUGACAUCCUACCAGAACGAAGAGGGAAACUUCUCAGAUACAUCCUAAUGUUUGAGAGGCACUUCUGUCUUCUCCCCUCUUUAGAACCAGAUAGUAUCCAUACCUAUUGCCUUCUCCAUAGCCAGGCUUGCCAGAGGGUCAUCUACAGGGACACUGGAUGUGGGGGAGCAGAGAGAGGAAAUUUAAUCUGUAGUAGGGAAAAGAUAAAUAUUAUCUCGCAGUGACAACUUGCUCUCAGUUGACAGAAUGGAUGUGGGUAUUAUGUAUAUAUAGAUAUAAAUAAUUUUUUUGAUUGACAGUUGACUCUUCUCUCAAAGAACUAAACUUAUUCAGGAAGGAAUGAUUAGAAGAAUAAGAGAGACAAUGCUAUGUUUUUCAAAGAAAAAUGGAAGGAAAUGGGGCUAUUUGCCCUGGAGGAGACAGAACAAUAGCCACUACUGACUCUGAGAGCAGCCACACGGAGGGGGGUUUUCUGUUCCUAGUAGAGGCCACCACUUACGAACACCCUGCAUCGUGCCAGGUGCUUUAUGACAUUCUCAUUUAAUCUCCACACCCCUAUGACAUACAUUACUUAUCCCCAUUUUAUAACUAAGGAAACAAAAGCAACUAGAGACUGACUUGCCCAAGGUCAUCCUGCCAGGGACAGUGCCGAGACUGGUGGAGUCCAAAAUAAGUGGCAGUUUUGGAGAAGAUGGUUUCACUUUAGGUUGAAGAAAAUAUUUGCAAUAAUUAAAACUGAAAAUGGAGUGGGUUGUUGCGUAGAUAAUACCAUAUUUCGGCAGGCAUGAGGGAUGGAAAACUUUUGGGUUGAUGUGGCAGAGAACAUUCAAACAUUGUAUAAGGGUCUGGAUUCAAAGACCCUUAGGGCCCUAAGAGAGCUAAAGAGUCAAAUGAUCCUGUGAAUUCACAGUUUUUCAAAUAAAAAGGAUCACAAAUUUUAUGAGAGUUUCAAAUAGGUUUAAAACAAAAAGGAAAAGAAAAUGCUAAGCAAGAUCGCAAAUUCCCAGGAAUCUGAUGGUCAGAAUGGCUGAGAAGAAGUAAAUUAAAUUUCAACCCUUUGUAAUAUAAAGAAUGUGGUUAAGUAAUAUCCCAAAUUACUUAUAAAUCUUUAAGACAUUUAGUAAUUUAAGAAGUCAGUUCGUGCAGUUUAUUACGUAAAAUUAUCUUGAGUCUUUUUUUUUUAAAUGUAUGCCUUUAGCCAUUUCUGCUGGUGAUAUUAGGAAGUUUGAUCAAAUUAUACAAAGUUAUAAUUGAAGUAUUCCUAAUGACUGUAUUUGGAAUGAUAUCAGGGAAAUCACAAUAAUAAUAUAGCAGUAACUGAACAGUGAAAUACUAGAAUGUAAACAUCUGGGGCAACUAGACCCAUAGUUAGUGUUGAAGAAUUAAUCUUUGAUUGCAUAACGCAAUAACAUGGAUACUCUCUAGAUAUGUUUUAAUGUUUAAUACUAUUUUAAAACUUAAAAUUGGCAUGUAAAAUGUUGUUAAAAAUAAAAUAAUUUUCCUGUUAUUAUUUUUGAAAAGUUUAUUUCUACUUUCAGAAGAAAAAUAUAAUAUUGCAGAAAAAUUAUAGAUUUACUUGUAGUUUGUUAUUGUAAAGUGUUUGUUUUUUGUUUUUUUUCUUAUUUCUCCAGGUAUACAUUUCUGGCCCCUAAUUGUACCAGCAGAAUGGUAGGGCAUUUUAUAAAAAGAAUAAUUUUGAAAAAAAAAAUGGCCUGAUUCUCCAUUAAAUGAUACUCUUUAUGUUACUGGCAUAUCAUUUAUGUUGUUAUCUUGAAAUCUCUUUAAUGAAUGAAUCCAUGUAAGUUCCUUAGAACAGCUCCUGGCGUGUAGAAAGUGCUCAGUAAACGUUAGUUAUCAUCAUCAUUAUCAUCUUUUAACCUUUUGCGGGGCUUUUCGGUUGAAAGCAUGCUAUGUUAUUUUUAUGCAUUAGCCCCAAGAUUUAUUGUGAAAGUCAUGCUGUUUUCUAAGUGAAAAAAAAAAGAGAGAGAGAAAUUUAUGGUAGCCAGUGUUUUAUUUUUCCUUCUGUUAAUGAAGUCAAAUAAAUAUUUUA